UAGCUAAGGUUGGAGCUUUCGAUUGAUUCCUAUUUUCUAGUGAAUGUGAGUUCAUUAGGACAGAUGAUGAUGGGCCAUGUCGUGGCCCGGACUCACCUGAUCCUGUCUCGAAAUAACUUCGCCGAUAGCAUACGGUGUCAAGGCUUGAGGGUUUCAAAAACCCUAAGCAUGGAGUCGCAGCAGUCAAAGCGACCCACUUGCCCUUCUUGCGCUAAACCCACGCAGCUCUGCCUCUGCAACCGUAUCCGAUCUCCGCCUCUGGAUAACCAGGUGAGUGUUACUAUCCUUCAGCACAGCCUCGAGAGGAAACACGCGCUUAACUCAACUCGAAUCGCUAGGUUAGGGCUUAAGAACGUUACUGUCACCACCGUUUGCGAUGUCCAUGACGAGGCAGAGUUCUUGAUAAGAGUUAAAGGAGCCUCCUUGGAGCUUGUUGAUACCUCAAAGUUAGGUAGUGACAAUGUGGAUAAUGAAAGUUUGAAGCUUUCUCAACAAUUAGCUGAUAAGAGAGGUUCUUGUGAAGAGGAUUUGAUGAGAAUCUCUAUGAAGAAACGAGGUGUAAUCAGCAAUGUCUCCACCUCUCUGAUGGAAAAUGCUAGUUUUGAUGGAAUAUUGGCUUCUCCUGCAGCCAUGGAUGUGUUGGCAAAAGGGUUUGUGGUAACGAAGUUCUCGGAAGGGAAGGAAGAGUUUGAGCUCGAGGUUCCUCCCGGAUCAGCACUGUUGUUCCCUAGCGAAGGAUCUGUGAUGAUCAACGAUCUUAAAGAGAGAGAUUUGAAGGUGAGGAAUCUGAUCGUUCUUGAUGGGACGUGGUCCAAGGCGAGGAGAAUGUACGUUGAGAACCCGUGGCUGAAGCUUUUGUGUAGCCACGUGAAGCUAGAAAUCGAAGGUGCGAGUUUGUACAGAGAAGUAAGGAGGCAGCCGAGAGAGGGGUGUUUGUCGACGAUAGAGAGUAUUGUACACGCGAUGAAGGAGAUGGGGGAAGAUACGGAAGGUUUGGAUAAUAUGUUGGAUGUUUUUGAAUCCAUGGUUGGGGAUCAAAGAAGAUGCAAAGAUGAGAACUUUGGAAAAGUUCUCUGAAAGCCAACGGCUUUGCUCUUAUAACAUUUAUUAAGCUGAGAUUGCUAAUUGUCUUAAGUUCUGAUAAUUUAUGCGAAUGUUUCUGGAAUGUUCCUUUGACAGCCACUACAUUAGCUUCUUGUUGUCUUCAUGCUUAGUGGUCUCACCUUACAAGUGCAUCAUCAAGAAUAUGGCCGUGUUCGUUUGUACAUCUCCAUCUGAGUGUUGUUCGUUUUUUCAUUUCGUCCAUGUAUCCAAAUGAAUCGUCUGAAUGCAACCAUGUUCGUUUGCUUUUCAUUUUUUAACUUUCAUCUACA